CACAAAAACUCGCGUCCUGCAUUCCGAUAAUUGUGCGAUCUUUCGCGUGUUAUCGCUCGAACAGAAGCACAAUUACGACAUUCCAAAACACCCACCACACAACCCGCCAUGUCUGAGGAAGCCUCCGACAGCGAAAGCCAGGACAUUCAGGAGCACAACGAAACGGUCCGGGCACUAUCGGCCGGAUUGCUACAGAUCUACGAGCCUAAGUUAAAGGAGGUGAAGGAAAACUUGAAGGAGCUAAUAAAUAAACAAAAUGAUCUACAAAUUGCGAUGACCAGUGAAAAGAAUGCUUUCGCCAGCCGGCAGAUACAGGAAGUGAACGAAAUGGUGCUGAAAACCAAAGCGUACAAAGAUAAGGUUACGCGCAUAAAGAUGCAGAUGCACCAAAUACACCAACGAACAAAGAACCUCAGGGCAAAAGCGUUGGAAAUCCAGGAACUGAAAGUGAACCAAUGUGCAACGAAGCUGCAACAGUUGCACUACGAAGAAUCGCUGGUGGCUAACAGUAAAAGAACGCCACGAAAAUCUUAAUCCCGC